GCGUGUGUUGAAUUUCUCUUUGACCCUCACGGUGGAAUAAACAGGAAGCGAAGAGCACCCAGCCGAAGGGCCCUGCACUUGCCUUUGUUGUGGGCUCUGCGAUGUACUGACUGAAGGAGGUUUCCCGGGACCCCUGCCCGGUGUGCCGUCUGGGCACGGCUGGGGGCGCGCCUUCACUUCCGGUCUACAUUUGCAGCACCAGACCCCGUUCUCCUGUUGGACUGUUUUUAAGGACGGACCUCAGGCUUCGCCUAGUUCAGAGCAAGAACAGAAGCAAAGCAGAGAACAGCAGAUCAGAGAAGACUGAGAUCCCUUGGCGAGGCUGGAAGAUGUUGGCUGCUGUGAGCCUGAGGAGCCCUUCCUUUUGAGGUGGGAGAGCCACUUUUGGCAGGACAGCUUCUCCAUUCCUGACCUCACCAUGGCUUCAACUCUCUGGCUGGAUGGUUGAUGUGACUGUGUGUCCCACAUGCCGUCGGACUGCGUGACAUCCAGGUAGUGCCUGCUGCUCACAGGGUGUGGGAGCACAGCCAGUGGGCAUCAGAUGCCCCCAAAAGCUGGACCAGCAGAGUGAUGGACUUGGACAGGCUAAGAUGGAAGUGACCUGAGGCCUCACCCAGGCAGUUUCUUCACAACAGGACAGCUUAAGAAUUGAAACACAGGCUUGUCUGGGGAGCAGUAUGCCGGAAGCUGGUUUUCAGGCCACAAAUGCGUUCACAGAGUGCAAAUUCACCUGCACCAGCGGUAAAUGCUUGUAUCUUGGUUCUCUGGUCUGUAACCAACAGAACGACUGUGGGGACAACAGUGACGAAGAGAACUGUCUCCUGGUGACUGAGCAUCCACCGCCGGGCAUCUUCAACUCGGAGCUGGAAUUCGCACAGGUCCUCAUCAUUGUCGUGGUGGUGACGGUGAUGGUAGUGGUCGUUGUAUGCCUACUGAACCACUACAAAGUCUCCACACGUUCCUUCAUCAACCGCUCCAACCAGAGCCAGAGACAGGAAGACGGGCUGCAGCCGGAAGGGUCCCUGUGGCCUUCUGACAGCUCCGUACAGCGGCCAGGGGCUUCAGAGAUCAUGUGUGCCCCACGGGGCAGGGAUAGGUUUACUACCCCAUCUUUCAUCCAGCGGGAUCCGUUCAGUCGUUUCCAGCCCACCUACCCCUAUGUGCAGCACGAGAUUGACUUGCCUCCCACCAUCUCCCUGUCAGACGGGGAGGAGCCGCCUCCUUACCAAGGACCCUGCACUCUACAGCUCCGGGACCCAGAGCAGCAGAUGGAACUCAACCGCGAGUCCGUGAGGGCCCCACCCAAUCGAACCGUUUUUGACAGUGACUUGAUAGACAUUUCUAUGUACAACGGGGGACCAUGCCCACCAAGCAGUCACUCGGGCAUCAGCGCAGCUACCUGUAGCAGUAACGGAAGAAUGGAGGGCCCGCCCCCGACCUACAGCGAGGUGAUGGGCCACUACCCAGGCACCUCGUUCUUCCCUCACCAGCAUAGCAACGCACACAGGGGCAGCAGACCACAGUUUCAGCCGAACAACUCAGAGGGCACAAUAGUACCCAUCAAGGGCAAAGACAGGAAGCCUGGGGACCUGGUCUGAUUCCCUCCAGAGUGCACUUUUCAAGGAGAGAAAAAUCUCGGCAGGGAGAGAGAGGCCUGCAGGCCCCACUGCCCAGUGUUGUCCAGCUUUACGUGGUACAGCUGAGUAAAACCAAAUGUGCAAACACGGUCUUCGUUUCUGAUUCCUUUCACGGGAAUUGCAUGCAAACAAGACUGAAACACAAUACAAACUUCCAUCCAGUUUGACCACAAACAGUGUUCAUCUUGGGGCAGGGUUGGAGAGAGGGCUUAGAGAUGGUAUGAGCUUGGCGAAAGGGUGUUUCAGAGAAAACCAGAAAGGCUGCUUUGAAGACAUCAUGAAAGUAAGACCCACAGAGGUGUUUUUGACAUAUUUAAUUCCAAAAGGAGACUUCGGAUAAAUGAGGCCACAAUGGCCUGUUUUAUAAUUAACUGAAUAAAGAAGAAAGAAUUAUUAUAUAUUAUCAUGGGGGAAGAACCAGCCAGUUUGCUUUUUCUCCAAAGGUGUGAAACUUAUUUUGUUUUAAAAAUAUGAGUCAAAACUCCCAUUUUGUGUGCCAAGGUUUAAAGUUGGAGAAGUUAGGCGAGUGAGAAGUGAUUUGUGCUGUGAUGCUAUGUUUUAAAAGUUGCACUAUCUCAAUGUUUAACCUAUGGAUGAGGGAACUGUGUCGUGUGAAGUUCUAUAUGUUGUCUUGUUACCUAUGGAUGGCUAUGUGGCCAAGGAACACUCUUGGGUGUCCACAGAGUCACACAAGAAAGGUAUUUGGGAAUGUAUCCUGGCGUUUACCAAGUUAACGUACAUUUUAAAAAGUGGUUAUGUUGCAAGAAUUUGCAGCCAGAAGCAGUGUACUACUGAGGUAUUUGGAGAGGUUGGUAAAAAAGAGAUGCCUGCAUCGUGUAACAAGUGUCACGCAGAGCUAGUCUUAGUCCCAGCAGGGUCAGCAGUUUAGACUUUUUUCACUGCAGCAUGAGAUAUAUUCAAUUCAGAUACAUACCCUAUUUUAUGCAAUAAAUCGUCUAAAAUGCAA